AUGACAGAAAGUAUGGGUAGAUUGUGGCUUCUGGCACUUUAUGGGUGGUUUUGUGCUGUCUGUCAUACUGCGCCACAGUGGGGUGUUCAGCCCAAGGGGCCUCCAGCUGCAGUCUUGCGUCAAAGUCCAAAACAAGGGGGGCUUCUAGCUCAGAAUCCACAAGCGCUUGUGUUCCAGCCAAAUGAUCAGCGGUUCAUACCUCAGCAGGCUCCACAAUGGCUACUUCAACAACAAGGAGGGAUUCCAGCCCAGAGUUCUCAAGCUCCUUUGUUCCAGCCAAAUGAUCAGCGGCUUAAACCUCAGCAGGCUCCACAAUGGCAACUUCAACAACAAGGGGGGAUUCCAGCCCAGAGUUCUCAAGCUCUUGUGUUCCAGCCAAGUGAUAAGCGGCUACCUCAACAGACUCCGCAACAGCAAACUCAAAAGUAUCCACCCAAGCAGCCUGCACCACAGGCAGAGCCUCUAGACAAGUGUACUGUAGCUGAUUAUGAGAAGAUCCAAUGUGGACAACCUGGUAUCAGUGCUGUGGAAUGUGAAACUAUAAAUUGCUGCUUCAAUGGACAGCAGUGCUACUAUGGGAAGGCAGUGACUGUCCAGUGUAUUCGAGAUGGCCAGUUUGUGGUUGUGGUGGCUAGAGAUGUUACACUUCCGCAGCUAAGCCUGGAUACGGUCCGUUUGUUGGGUGGAAGUGACCCACCAUGUGCUCCAGUUGGGUCCACCUCAUCUUUUGCCAUCUACCAAUUCCCUGUCACUGCUUGUGGCACAAGCAUGAUGGAGGACAAUGGAUAUGUAGUGUAUGAGAACAGAAUGACAUCGUCCUAUGAAGUGGGGAUUGGACCACUUGGAUCCAUCACAAGGGACAGUCAAUUUGAGCUUCUCUUCCAGUGUAGGUAUUCCGGCAGUGCUGUUCAAGCUCUAGUUGUGGAGGUCAACACCAUUCCUCCUCCUCCACCUGUAGCUGCUCCUGGACCGCUCCGAGUGGCGCUUAGGCUGGCUAAUGGACAAUGUGUCACUAAAGGAUGUGCUGAAGAGGAUGCAGCGUACACCUCCUACUACAGCGACUCUGAUUACCCUGUCACAAAAGUCUUGCGAGACCCAGUGUAUGUUGAGGUGAACGUUUUGGAGAGGACUGACCCAAAUAUUGUCCUGACGCUGGGACGUUGCUGGGCAACAUCAACCCCUGAUCCCCUCAGCCUACCUCAGUGGGACCUUCUAGUUAAUGGAUGCCCUUACCAGGAUGACCGUUACCUGACUACACUGGUUCCUGUGGAUGUCUCCUCUGGUCUUCAGUUCCCAACCCACUACAAGCGCUUUAUUGUGAAGAUGUUCACAUUUGUGGAUCCUGCGUCACUAGCUCCUCUGCAGGAAACCGUCUUCAUCCACUGUAGUACAGCAGUGUGCUAUCCCUCUUCCACUGGCUCCUGUGAGCAGCGCUGCGGCAGGCAAAGAAGGGAUGUUCAUUUCAAGAUGACUUCAAUUGGGGAAACUGUGGUUUCUAGUGGAGGAGUUACUCUGUUGGAUGAAGGCCUGUGCUGGCCAUUAAUAGUCUGUUUAUUGGUGGACAACACUCUGAAUACAAAGGUGAUUCAGGCAGAGAUCAAUGAGGUGCAUCACCGGUCAACGGGCAGGCUGGUUUGGUGGGGAGACUUUGAAAGAUCUGCCAAUGAGGUACGAUUCAACCCAUCCAAGUGCAGUUCCUGUGAUAACCAGGUCAGAGAGGGUGGACAGGCGGAUGAUAUGGAGUUAGCUCUCGCCAGUCGCAGGGUUUCAGCUAUCCUUUCCUUUUUGGAAGCCAGACUGAUGUCUGAUGAGUAG